GCUGUCUUCGUUAAAAUGGUCAGUUGUCCGGUAAUCACCAUAGCGAACGUUUGUGAUUUUUCGAAAGAGUUUCUGCAAAUAGAAUUCGUUUUUCAUCAGUUUGUUGUGAUUACACUUCGUGAAAUCGAAGACAGUGCCUUGUGCUUCUUAUACCAAAGGAAAUUGGAACAGUCAGAUAAAUGGUUUGUGAGAGCACACGACUCUAAUAUGAAAGAUUGCUUUGAGAUGUCACCGACUUGCCUUACUAGUGGUUAUCCACACCCCCUGAGGGAGUUUCCCAUGAUGAAUAUGGGAAUGCCUUCCCCACAUAUUACCUGGGGGUAUCCCCCAAUGUACCAGAGGAACCCACGAUCUCCAUCGGAAAGGAGGGAUUCUGGAGUGCAUUCCAGCAGCGAAGGUCACGUUUCUCCACCAAGCAGCGAUGAAUCUGAUCGUUAUAUGAUUCCAAGAGAGCAGUCAUCUUAUGCUUACGCCAACAACCACCAAAACCACAAUCCUACAACCAUGCCAAGUAAUUCUCCCCCAAUCAUCCCCGUUUCAAUCAAAGAAGAAAUAACUUCUGAUGACGAAAAAGAACGCUCAACCUCAACACAUUCUGAAUUUUCGACGGACACGAACGCCCUCCAAAAUCUUCAAAUGUCGGUUGAAAAAAAUUUGAACAUUUCCUCUCCAGAACCCUCGGAUAAAGGUAGGAUAUCCGAUAACAAUAAUGAUGAUUAUGUCAACCAAGAAGACUACAGUGUACCGACUGUGAACUCUCACGGAAAAAUCAAAACAGUGAAAUGUAAGCAGUGUAAGUUGGUCUUCAAGACCAAACUCGAAUUUUGGACGCACCAGAGGGAGCAUAUAAAACCCGAGAGAAGAUUGGAGUGCGUGAAGUGCCCAUUUGUGACGGAAUAUAAACACCAUUUGGAAUACCAUAUCAGAAAUCAUGGGGGUGAAAAGCCCUUCCAAUGUAAAGAAUGCGAUUAUAAAUGUGUUAACAAAUCCAUGCUGAAUUCUCACAUGAAGUCACAUUCAAACAUUUACCAGUACAGAUGCGCCAGUUGUCACUACUCUUCCAAAUAUUGCCAUUCAUUGAAACUGCAUCUUCGAAAAUACAAUCACCAGCCAGCUAUGGUAUUGAAUCCUGAUGGUACUCCCAAUCCUCUUCCUGUUAUCGAUGUGUAUGGUACAAGAAGAGGGCCAAAGGUAAAGACAACAAAUGCAGAAGAAGAAGCUUUGAUGUCAUCUGCUAAGAGAACCAGAACCGAGAAUCAUCCACCUGCAAUGUUUCCACCACCACAGGUUCAUCAAGGAAUGGCCGGCAUGAUGCCUCUUCAUCUUAUGACACAAAACCCAGAUAUGCAGUUGAAUUUCAUGUUGCAACAAGCGUUUCUGAUGCAAUGCACCUUCCAAAACCUGCAGAUGAUGAAUCAAAGUCCUGGUCUUGUUAGUGCACUAGCAUCGGCCUCAAAUGACUCAGUUAAUAUGUCCAGAGAAAACAGCAGCAGUGACCAAGAAGAUUCCGCCCUAGACUUAUCCAAAGACAAAAGCUCCAACGUCGACAAUUCCGAAAACAAUAAUAUCAAAUUGGAAACGCCAUCCACCACUGACGAUGAGGAUGAUGAGCGAUUGAGGUUAUUGUACCAGGUUAAGGUGCAACAUGAUGUGGACGAUACACCGGCAGAAGAUCCAAAUGCCCCAACGCCUCCAGCUGAAUAUAAUCCACCAGCAUCUUCGGCAGAGUCAUUGAGGUGUCCACACUGCUGCAUAACAUUCGAUGACAUGGCGCUCUUCACGAUUCACAUGAGAUUUCACAAUUUUUCUGAUCCAUUCACUUGCAAUUCGUGUGGACAAAAAUGUGAGAAUAAAAUAGAAUUCACCGUACACAUUUUUUCGAGACCACAUUAGAAGACGCUAACACAUUGAAUAACGUACAAAGAUCGGAAAAUUCCACAGUGGUGAAAAAAUUUUUGAAUAUUGUAUACAUAUAAAUAUUUUAUAUUAUUUUAUAAUAUACUUUAUAUUCUAGUCAAAACUGGUCUAUCUAUUUUCAGUAGAUGUUGUGUGCAAUUUUGUGUCUCAAGAUCGGAAAUUGACGGGUUGAACUGAAACUGUGGUACUGAGUUCAUUUCUUGUAUAAAAUCGAUAAUUAUUCCGUGGUGAUCUCGAAAUAAUUUCGAAACAAAAUAUGAUGUAGGUUCCAAUCCCAACGAAUGAUGCUCUAAAGACUGAUUGUGUUAAAUACUUGUAUAUAUAUAUAUAUAUAUAUAAACUUAGAUUUCCAACUAGAUUAUUGUAAAUAUUUGACUUUUACUUCCCUAUUCCACACUAUUUUUGUAAAUAAAGUUUUUUCGACGGCCCGAGCAGAAAAAUCAAAUUGUAACAUAAUCUUAAAUUAUUAUAUACUAUACUGCUAUAUACUAGUGUAUAUUUUUUCCAUAUUGAAUGUUCCUUUAAUUUAUUAUUGUCCCAUUUGAUUUUGGGAUAUAUCAGAGCAGAAACUUGUAUGUAUAUAAAUAUAUUUAUUCUUUUUAA